UUAACAUCGGGUCAAACAUCACCUUUAGUGACACUUUCAUGACUCUUACGGUGUCCUUUCUCAUAGUGGUUACCUGAGCUCAGGUAGAAUUGUAAGAAACCCAGCCUACUGGAGCUGGGAGAGAAAAAAAAAAUUUUUUUUUGCCUGACACCUUGACUUCUAGAUAAAGGAACUGAGAUCCCGAGAGGAAGAGUGGCAAAUGGAAGGCAGAGUUGGGACCGACUCCCUGGUCAAUGCCUUUCUUAGUAACCUCUAAGCCACUUACAACCUCCUAAAGAUGUAUGUUCAGCAUCUAGCCUGGUGCACAGCAUGUAGUCGCUGUCUAAAAUGCUUGGUGAGUGAGUGAAUGAAGGAGUGAAUGAGUGAACAAAGACAGGAGUGAAUGAGUGAGAGUUAAUGAGGCUCAGAGAAUGAGUGAAGGAAGGGAGGAAGGAACCGUAGUCAUUGGUGAUACUCAAAGGAAAAGUCAAGCGGAAACGGGAGUAGACAGGCUGCUGGUCUAGUCUUCCCAGGAGCCAGAGAGGCUCUCCUUCUCACGCAUGAAGCAGGCAGGUCUGUGUCAGGGUAGGAGGGAGGGAUAGCCUGCAGCCCUGCUCUGCUGAACCGCUGCCCAACGCUGACUCACCUGCCAUUUGUCAAACAGGUUCCUCCCCAAGCUGAAGCUAUGAGGAUCCAGAGCCUUGCCCUGCUCUCCUUCCUCCUUCUGGCAGCUCAGAUGCUCUUGGUGGAAGGCAAAAAGGAAAGAAGCAGGAAGAAGGGACAUGGUCUGGGACACAGAAGCCAGCCACACAUGCGCCCGGCUAAGGGCCGCUUUCUCACCCCAGACCAAGCAGAAUGUAAAUGGGCUGUGAUGGAGGAGGGCAACGGGGCCACACUGAAGGUUGAAUGCACCAGAGCAGAAAACCACUUCUCCUGUUACUUUGCCGGCAAUCCGCACUCAUGCCCAGAGUUUGUGAAAAAAAAGAGGGCCUACUGGAAACAAAUUGGCCGGAACCUAGCGCAGCAGAUGAACAUCUGUGAGACCUCCCAGAACGUCCUGAACACCAAGCUGUGUGGAAAGGAGUUUCCGGAAGCCCAUCUCAAGAUGGUGAACUCCACUCUGAUCGAAAAAAAGGAAUCCACAGAGAAGUCUGUACAGCCAGCUGUGGUUCCAGAGACCAAAAUGAUGACCACCACUACCACCCCAAAGCCCACUGUGGUCCUUGAGACCAAAGAGACCACCCCAGCAGAUGACCAACAGCAGACCAUGGGCAUCAAUGGCCCUGAAUGCGAGCAGGACCCUGACAUCCAGUACCAGAGGAAGGUGGCUGAGGAGUACUGUGGGGAAUCCUGGGCCUCCUUCUGCAAAUUCUUCCUCACCAUGUUCCAGGACAAACCAUGCUCCUGA